GAACGGUCGGCCUCUCUUGCGCCUGCGUGGUCGGGAGGGGAAGUGAGGCGGUUUGCUCCGCGCCUUUUCCGGCGGCGGCGGCGGCGGCAGAGCUGGGUGGAGGAGGCGGAGGCCGGAGGGAGCCCGCGCUCGGGGCGGCGGCUGGAGGCAGCGAACCGAGUUCCCGCGAGGAUCAAUGACCUGAGGAGGCGCCGGAGCCGCACUGCCUCUCGGGUGGCCUGGGUCGGUGGUGAACCCGGUGCUUGCGGACUCGGUCGGCCGGAGAGCCUCAGUCUCCCGUGGCUGGGUGAGGAGAAGGCGGAGGAGCGGGAACCGCGGCGGCGCUCGUGCGGCGCCGGCGGGGGGGAAGGGCAGUUCCGGGCCGGGCCGCGCCUCAGCAGGGCGGCGGCUCUCCCGGCGCAGACUCAGGGCCCCGGCAGCGGCGGCGACUGGAGGAAUCAGGGUGUUCGGUCGGGGAUGCCCGAGUGAGCAGCGGGCCUGGGCCUCGGCCUCUGCCCUUAGGCGGCAACUCCCAGCGAAGGCCGCAGGGGCGCCCUCGCAGCAGGGAGGCUUCGUUUCGUUUUCGCGGCGGCGGCGGCAGAGUUGUUGGCUGAGGGGACCCGGUAGACCUGAAUGCCCCCGGCCCCGGCUCCUCCGACGCGAUGGGGAAGGUGCUAUCCAAAAUCUUCGGGAACAAGGAAAUGAGGAUCCUCAUGCUGGGGCUGGACGCGGCUGGCAAGACCACAAUCCUGUACAAGUUGAAGCUGGGCCAGUCGGUGACCACCAUCCCCACCGUGGGUUUCAACGUGGAGACGGUGACUUACAAAAACGUCAAGUUCAACGUAUGGGAUGUGGGCGGCCAGGACAAGAUCCGGCCGCUCUGGCGGCAUUACUACACCGGGACCCAAGGUCUGAUCUUCGUAGUGGACUGCGCCGACCGCGACCGCAUCGACGAGGCCCGCCAGGAGCUACACCGCAUUAUCAAUGACCGGGAGAUGAGGGACGCCAUAAUCCUCAUCUUCGCCAACAAGCAGGACCUGCCUGAUGCCAUGAAACCCCACGAGAUCCAGGAAAAACUGGGCCUGACCCGGAUUCGGGACAGGAACUGGUAUGUGCAGCCCUCCUGUGCCACCUCAGGGGAUGGACUCUAUGAGGGGCUCACAUGGCUAACCUCUAACUACAAAUCCUAAUGAGCGUUCUCCACCCAUCCCCCGGAAGGAGAGAAAUCAAAAACCCAUUCAUAGGAUUAUCGCCACCAUCACCUUUUUCAAUUGCCACUUUCUCUUCUUUUGAAUUUGAACUCUGUGGAGUUACUCUUCUAUGGUUUAGGGUGGCAUAGGGGUUUUCUUUUUGUUUUUUUCCCUUUGCUUUGCGUUAGAAUGCUCUGAUCUGACAUUUGACAUAAACACAGUGGUAGAUGCUCUUGUUGACUUCCAGCAAUUGGUGGGAUGGGGGAAAUAUAGCAAUUCUUGGUAAAGCCCCUUAUAAUAAUGGUUUGAUUUUUUUAUUUCGAGAGAAUCUUUUUUUCCAAUGUAUGCUUUUUUCCUUUUUGCCCAGUUUCCUUAUCACUUGCUGUAGAUGGCUUAUUUUGCAUUCAUGCAGACUGUGUUGCAAGUCUGUUUCAUCUAGUAAACUGAAAAUUAUUGCUUAAUCAAACUGCCGUUUGUCUUUUAUAUUUAAGGCCUUUUUCCCUCCCUUAUGAGUUCUAAUUUUAACUUAGUAAUUUCAAAUGUGACCUUUUAUAUCUAAGACAAGUGUAGUAAAUCUAGCCCACAGUGGCAAAUAAUGAGUAAUAUCAUUGUAAUAUGUUCCAGUUGCACAUCAGUAUGUUGAACAGGUAAUGUAAGAAGUUCUUUGAAAUGUCAGCUAUUAAGUUCUGAAACAUACAUCAUGCAUGAGUAGAGAUAAAACCCAGCUUCCCCAUAACAUAGCUAACUAUGCUGCAUUAGAAUCUGAAAGUGUAACCCGUCACGGACACAAAUCUUCUCACUGCAAAGUUAGCAACUUUGCUGUGUUUUCCCUUAUUUUAACUUUAGACUUUCCAGAAAAUGGAGCAAUAAUGGUGUAUGCCACAAAUAGAUGAAGUAUUUGUAGAUACUUUAAGUGACUUUUUGGCAAAUCUGGAAAAUACACUUUUUCUUUAUUUUGAACAGCUAAGACAAGUAGAUUUAAAAUUAUUUAAGUGUUUACGUUUUCAUUAAUAAUGCAUUUAACAAUUCAAAUUAUAUGCACAUUUUACCUAGUUGAAAAAAUUACACAUUCCUGUUUCCACAUUACAGCAACUGAUUAAGCUGAACAUAUAAAUCAUUUUUUUACACAAGAGUGAUCUACGUCUUCAUGAAAUAGAACACUGGAAAACAUUUCAUAAAAAUAACUUUGUUAAGUUGUAAAAUCAACUCAUGCAAGUAGUAAGAUAUCUUGUUGGUUCAGUAAUACACCAUCUCCUUUAAGGAAGGAAAUGUGAUGGAAUUAAUGAUGUGUAGACUUAAGGAAUGACAAAGGGGAAGUAGGAUGAAGAGAAAGAACCUACAGGUGUCAAUGAAUGUAAACUUAUUUUUGAAGGGUAAGCAGUGUGCUCACUGGUGAUAUCUGGAUCCUAACAAGAUGACUUGCUUAACUGGUUAGGACCAGUAACUAGGUUGUUGAGACCACUAUGAUAAUACUUUGAACCAGAUGUUAAUGCUUGAUAGAGGAUUGUGAAGCAGCAUCUGGUUCUUAUAUAGCCUUAAGGAUUAAUUUUAGAGAUCCUCAAGGAGUUAAACUUAGGGAAUUUGAGAAUUGAAGACUGAAAAGACAAUAUACAGGAAAAAGUUUCGUUAAUGAGGGUAUCUGAAAACUAAAAUUGAGCGGGUUAUCAUGGUAUAGUUGGACAGUAUUGGUCCUUCACACUUUGGCCAUAUUGUGUAAUGGAGCUUUUACCAAAGAUGUAUGAGAAGCAUAAGGUUAUAAAAAAUUAGCUAUUCACAAUAAAACUUUUGACAAACGUUUUCCUUAAAGCAGAUGAGGUGCUAUGUUGUAGGCUCCUAAUGGUGCAAAGGGAUUUUUGAAUUUAAUAUGCAACUGAAAUAUAAAGUUCUCAAUUUCACCUUAGUGGAGGUAUCUACAAAUGAGGCUGACAAAUGCAUCUAAGAACAUUUUGGUUGCCUUUAAAGCUCCCAAAGCUCCGCCAUAAAUUUAAUUCUUAGUGUUUUAAAUGAUUACAUUUUAAGGUGUAUUAACGUGGAUUAUACAAAUAUCAAUGCUGUAAGAACAUCCUGAAACAAGACAAGCACAAAGGUAUAAAUGCCUAAACUGGAGGAAACUUGAAACCCUCAUGUUAAUUUUUAAAUGUAGUAUUUCUAACUUGUGACAGAUGGUAGGCAGCCAUUUUUUUUGUGUAUGUCUUAAAAUAAGUGGGGGCAUAGUUAAAAUUUUAUACAUCAAGUGAUUGAUUUUGAAUGUUGCAGGUGAGAUGUGGCUAUUUUUGGUUUAUUUGAAAUGCCUGACUGAAAAGGGGGGAGGGAGAAGUAAAUACUUGAAAAUUGGAAAACCCUAGCUCCUUUGGUAAGAAAUUGUAAUUCUCACAUUUUCUUUAAGGAUAUAAAAAGGUUUAUAAUUGAUGUAGGUAAAUCGAAGCAUAACUAUUGGUGAUCAUGGGGCAGGUAAUUAUAACCUGCAGAAAAAGUUAUAAUCUAAGAACUUAAAUAAAAUCUUGAAGUUUUUGUUUAAUUGCAUCAACUUUUGUAUUUAUGUGAAUUUAUAAACUGCAGUUAAGUUUUGAAUGAGGUUAAUCUUGUCUGAUAUAAGUAAAUGAGUCUGUAGACUGUGAUCUCCCCAAACUAAAAAGUACAGUUCUUGGAAUUGUGUUCUUUAUGGUUGUAGUGUUGAUAAAGCACUAAUUUGCAGAGAAUAAAGGAAUUACACAGUGCAGUUUCUCACGUUACGUUACUCGUUUGAACUAGGUAAGUGGGACGUGGUAUGUUGGGCUUAUCUUAUUUUUCCAUGGAAAUACGGUAUAAAUGAUUUAAUUUGGGAGUCUGCUGGCUUUUAUAAGAACAAAAAGAAGGAUCAGUUUGGUUCUUGUAUGCUGGCUGUAUAAGGAGGUUUGCCCUCUUGUAGUUCCACCAAGUUUAAUCUGAUUUUCAUGAUAAUGUAGGACACCAAAACAGUUGAAAAUGAUUUUUAAAAAUUAAAGUUCUAUAGCAGUCUUCUGUGCUACUGUUUUUUUCAAAAUUACAACCUUAUGAUUUUUAGUUGUACAGAAUUGUGUCUAAAGAAUUGGUUUAAGGAGUCGUCUUAACCCUUGACAGUAGACUUCUGGAUUUUAAAGUUUGUCUUUUAGAGGUCCAAGUUGCUUGCCUGAUAUAAUUGGAGGAAUUGUAGCCAUUUAGAAAGGAAAUAGUAAACAAAAUAACUUGGGUAAAAGGGUAUUUUUUUAAAAAAAUAAUUUCCCUUCUGGUAAGCUUUCCUUCCUGGAUCAGUAAUUUUUGUAGUUUGAUGUUAGACUGCCUUAAUGUGAUCUAUAAUUCCCACAUUAGUGUUUAUUAAUACAUUUAGUACUGUGAUUUAUUAAUGAAUAUCAAUUAUUAUCAGUAUUAGCAGUAGAAAAUAUUUUACUCUUUGAUGGGUUUUUAUGCUUUAAUGUAAGUUUAGAAAUAUAGUAGCCAUAAUCUGAAUGGUGAUGGAGUUUACAAAGUUUGCGAAGUUAUUUUCUCAGUACCUUACCAAGUGUAUGUCAGGAUUACAAUAAGUCAUCUCUCUUGUUAUAGGUAGAAAAUUGUAAAACCACAUAUAGCAAUUAAAGUCUGACUGAUCACUGAGCAUAAUGUAUUUGCAGCAUAACAUUAAAUUGAAUAUUCAAUAGAAUUAGCUUUUUGCUUUGUUUAUAUUGAAUAGUAAAAGACAAGAUAGGAAAGAUUACAGUAUUAGGAAGUUUUUAAAUGAAAUGUUGGGAGACAAGCCAUAGAAGAGGCAAAGUAACUUCUUGCUUUGCCAAACUUGAAAAAGUUGCCAGACUAGAUCAGUGAGUUGAAUAGGCAGGGAACACACAGAUGAGAUCAAAGAAGACAGAACAGGUCUGCUGAGAGGGUUAGGAAUAACAAUUGAAAUUUGUUACUAAAGAAGCUGAAGUAAUGGCGAACUUAGUUUCAAGGGAAUUAAAACUAUCAGAACUAACCUUACUUUGUGGUACAGUAAGAAAAUGCUUGAAAAUUUCACCUUUUUUGCCUUUAUUUCAAAUAUUUUCUGACUACUUCAAAGAAUUUUAAAAUGAAAGUAUUCCCUUUGUUAAUCUUGUCCUUGGAAGUUUUUUGCUCUUUUUAAUUUAUCUCAUAUAGGAUGUUUAUUUCCCCCAUAGUGCUUGUUUUUGAGUCAGAAUUGACUCAAUGGCAACGGGUUUUGGGUUUUUUUAGUGCUUGUUUUAUAAGUGGGAGGGUAGAUUUAUUAAACAUGUUUAUUGAAAGCCUGCUAAUAUACCUGUCACUGUUCUAGGUGCAGGAGAUACAUUAAAAAAAAAAAAAAAAAAA